AUGUUGUCAGUGCCUUUUAAUAUUUUGUACAAAAAGAGAGAACUCAGGACUCGGCCAGUAGAAUUGAAGCCUCAUCAUAGUCUUCUUGACUGGAUGAAGUUAAAUACUAGGCCUUUAGUUGUUCCAUCGAAAGAUCCGAUUGAUGAAGUCGAAUUGACAAAACAUUCUACUAAAGAUGAUUGUUGGAUACUUCUCACUAAUAAGGUUUAUGAUAUCACAAAGUAUUUACCUUACCAUCCUGGUGGAAUCGCGCAAUUAUUGCGUGUUGCUGGUCGUGACGGAACUCAUUUAUUUCACGAAAAGCACUCUUGGAUUAAUUUCGAAACUAUGCUGAAGUCAUGUUAUGUUGGCAUUUUUUCUGGUCAAAGAAUACCGCUGCCAGGAGAACUAUCGGUUUCUACCAGUUCUGUCGAUAUAAUUGAAGGACGGAAUGAUAUGAGAGAAUCGGAGUUAAUAUCGAAUAUCGAUAUUAGCGAGAUUAAGAUUUCACAGUUACCAGACAACUCACUUUCAUUUUUCUCCGAACAGUGGAUAAAUUGGUUAAAAGAUGAGAAUAUUGUUGUAAGAGUGUGUGAUCGUGUGUUGCAAAUUCUUAUUCGUCCUUUGAACGGACCACCUUGUUCGAUAAAGUAUGAAAUCUGUGGAUCUAGCGUGGAGUUUGAUUCAUUCGAUGUAUUGGUGUCUAAUGGCGAUAUUAACAUUCAUUUCAAUUCCAAAGUUGAUUUUAGCCAUUUAAAGAUGUGUGACAUUCAUCUAUCUUCAGAUGAGAAAGAGAAUCUUUUUGAUACGGUUGAAAUUGUCGAAUUGAACCAACUAACGACUAGCAUAUUUUUAUUUGCAAUUGAUUUGCCUUCUACUUUGCACUAUUGUAUUCCUCUCGGACAUCAUGUUCAAUUGAUGUUUGUUGAUGGUUCUUGUAUUCGACCUUACACUCCAGUCAAAAUUUCAGAAAACUGUAAAACGUUAUUUUUCAUCAUAAAAAUUUACCCAGAUGGAAUGUUUACAAGCAAAUUGAAGACAUUAAAGAAAGGUGAAUUGAUCAAAAUUAGUGGCCCACUUUCUUGUUAUAAUGUGCGGAAAUUUCUGGAAUUUUGUGAUUAUAUUUUGAUGCUUGCUGCUGGCACAGGCAUUACGCCAAUGCUUCGUAUUGUUGCCAAUUGUCUAAGAUCUAAUAUCGGUGUCACUCUAAUCACAUUCAAUAGUUUAAAAUGUAACAUUCUGCCUGAUUUUAUAUUUUCAUUUUGCGAUAUAGAUAUUUUUAAUGCUCGGUUUCAAAUUAUCAAUUAUUUGGAUUCAGCAGAAUGCAGCUGGGAUGGUAAAGUGGGUCAGUUGUUGUUUAAUUUUAAUAUUUUGAUUGAUCUGAUAUCUGACAUUUGA